UCUAGUCUCACGGAAGCCACCUCAUUGUUUGAACCUCAUACGCGAACCAAAGUUAAUUGCUACGAUUUUUUAACGUUUCCCAAUUUUGCGAAUCAACAGAAUUUGUUGUCAAACAUGGAGUCGGAAGAAAGGAUUGAAUCGCAAAUUACUCAUAGAAAAGGAAAAGAAAAGCCUGUGUUUGAAGAUGUGAAUGCCGAGCUUACAGAAAAAACAUCAGCAGAGAAUAAGGAAAAUGAGAAUACGUCAACAACAAAAGAUGAAGAAAAAGAAGAACCCCCUAAACUACGUCCACAGGAAGAUUUCACUACCUGGGGCACAAUCAAAUAUAGGUUUUAUUGGUUUAGAUUCUAUCACUUCUAUUAUGCUGAUCAACUUGAUAGAUAUAUGGCAGCUGGCUGUUUAUGGAUUAUGAGAAUGUACUUUAAACUUAUGGGACUUGCUGACGCUGGACCAGAAGUAGACGACUAAAAUAUAAAUAAAUAUUGUAAAAUGACCAAAAA